AUGUCCCACUUCGACACCCUCCAGCUCCACGCCGGUCAGGAGAUCGACUCGGCCACCAACGCCCGGGCCGUUCCGAUCUAUGCCUCGACCUCGUUUGCCUUCAACAACUCGGCCCACGGUGCCGACCUGUUCGGCCUCCGCGCCUUUGGCAACAUCUACUCGCGUCUGAUGAACCCGACCAACGACGUCUUUGAGAAGCGCAUGGCCGCGCUCGAGGGAGGUGCCGCCGCGCUCGCCACGUCGUCCGGCCAGGCCGCGCAGGGCAUGGCGGUGCUCGCGCUGUGCAACACCGGCGACAACAUCGUCUCGUCGUCGUACCUCUACGGCGGCACCCACAACGCCUGGUCCACCCUCUUCCCGCGCAUGGGCAUCACGACCAAGUUUGUGCGCUCCGAGAAGCCCGAGGACUACGCGGCGGCCAUCGACUCCAAGACCAAGGCCAUCUACAUCGAGUCGAUCGCCAACCCCAAGUACCUCGUCCACGACAUCGCCGCCAUCGCCAAGGUGGCCCACGACAACGGCAUCCCGCUCAUCGUCGACAACACGUUUGGCGCCGGCGGCUACCUCGUCCGCCCCAUCGAGCACGGCGCCGACAUUGUCGUCCACUCGGCCACCAAGUGGAUCGGCGGACACGGCACCACCAUCGGCGGUGUGAUCAUCGACGCCGGCAAGUUUGACUGGAAGGCUUCGGGCAAGUUCCCGCAGUUCACCGAGCCCUCGGCGGGCUACCACGGCCUCAAGUUCUGGGACACGUUUGGUCCCAUCACGUUUGCCAUCUACUCGCGCGUCGUCAUUCUGCGCGACCUGGGCCCGUGCCAGAACCCCUUCGGCUCGUUUAUGCUGCUCCAGGGCAUCGAGACGCUCUCGCUCCGUGUUCAGCGCCACGUCGAAAACGCCCUCGCCCUGGCGACGUGGCUCGAGGCGCACCCGCGCGUCGCCUGGGUCUCGUACCCGGGCCUCGCCUCGCACCCGUCGCACGAGGUCGCCAAGCGCUACCUCAAGCGCGGCUUCGGCGGCGUCCUCUCGUUUGGCAUCAAGGGCGACGCCGCCGUCGGCAGCGCCUUUGUCGACUCGCUCAAGCUCGCCACCAACCUGGCCAACGUCGGCGACGCAAAGACCCUCAUCAUCCACCCGGCCUCGACGACGCACCAGCAGCUGCCCGACGACGAGCAGCUCGCCUCGGGCGUCACAAAGGACCUCAUUCGCGUCUCGGUCGGCAUCGAGUGGAUCGACGACAUCAAGGCCGACUUUGAGCAGGCCUUCAAGGCCACCGAGGGCGUCACCGGCGGCGUUCCCGCCGGCCAGACGGCCGUCCCCGGCCUCAGUGGCGCCGCCUAG